AUGAAGUUUGUCUUCUUUUUAUCAGCUUUCUUGGUUUUAGGAAGUUCUAUUAUGAUACCUCAUAUAGGACCUGCAACUGGAAAACCAUUACCUAUUUACAACGUUGACAUUGAUGCACCUUUAAGAGAUUAGUGGGCUCCUAUUUUGAAAGAUUUUAAAGCCCCUUUUGCUAAGUUCAUACAUGAUUUCCGUGCUAUUCUUCCUUUACCUGACUCAUUUUAUUCAUUCGUUGGAAAGUAUGCUAAGCAUGGAUUUAAAUUCUAACGUUAUGUAGAAGAAAUUGAAAUUUUCAGUGAACUUCUUGAAGCUGACUUUAAUAUUCUAUUCACAUUAAAUUUACUCUAUGAAAUUUAGAGUGGAAAGGCUUGCACUUCAAUUGUAUUUAGAGAUGAAAAUGGCAGAAUUAUUCACGGUCGUAACUGGGACUUUGAAUUCUGGUCUGAAUUAGCUCACAUUUCAUUCUAAAUUAAUUACCACAAGAAUGGACAAUUAUUCUAUCAGGCUUAGGCUAUUGCUGGAGCAGUAUUUUUCUUUACUGCCUAAAAACCUGGAAAAUUUGCUGUUUCUAUAAAUGCAAGACAUACAAAAACAUUCUUGACUAACAUCUAUGAGUUGCUUUUCACAAAUAAUGUCCCAGCCCUUUACUUAGUUAGAGAAUUCAUGGAAACUGUUGAUACCUAUGACGAAGUUGUAUUAAAAUUCAAAACUACUCCAACAGUCGAUCCUGUUUACUAUAUUGUUAGCGGUCCAGGACUUUACGAUGGUACAAUUAUUGAAAAAGACAGAGACUUUGUUAAAUAAUCUUUUAUUUUGACUGAUGAAACAUGGUUUUUAGUUCAAACUAACUACGAUAGAGAUAUCCCUGAUCCUAAGCAUGAUGAAAGAAGAACUCCUGCAGAGUAAAGAAUGACAUAAUAUGGUUAAAGUUUGACUGAACAAGGUCUUCUCGACGAUGUGCUCUCUAUAUUCCCUAAUUUUAAUAUUGCUACUAUUUCAUCUACUUUAAUGUCUACCUAAACUGGAUACUUCAAUAAUACAGUAUGGUAUUGA